GCUGGAAUGUGUUGCCAUCACGUCAUUCGGAAUUACCCUAGAUAGAGGAUACGCCUCAGUGGCGCCUUGCCACUUGGUAGUACAGCCCCACCUGUAGGCUGCAGGGUAUAUAUGUGUACUACAGCCUAGACAAGGCUACCGUUUAAGAGCACUUCUAGAACUCCCAGGUUCAAGCGCCCAUCGCUCACAAGGCUGUUCUCAACUUUCAACCUGUGUCCUAAAUCUCAUCCAGCCAACAAUGUCUAGUAUACCUCUUUCAGGUUCCAAGUUCACUCUUGAUGCCUCUGGAGUAGCAGGGUUUUUCGGUGGUGAUGAAGCUGUUUCCGCGAUGACGAUCAUACACGUGUACCAAGGGAGAAAAUGGUUGGGAUGGUACAAUUCACCAGGAUCAUACCUUAUCGCCAAGAAGUGUAGCCAACUCGCCAACUCGCGUUUCUGGGAUGGUUCAUUCCCGGGCGUCAACACAAACGCUGCUACGCUGGGCGGGUUGGAUGGUUCGAAGGGCCCACAGUUCAAGGGUAUAGAGUCUGGGUCAAUUCUCCCCGAAACUGGUUCCCUCGCUUCUUUGAUGGCAAAAGAAUGCCAGAUGGAGCGGGGCAUUGAUGUGCCAGGCAGAAAAACUCAACCAGUUGGAGUCACAAUCGUUGACCUCCACUACAUCCCUGAUGCAACCACGACACCAAAGCAACUCACGAAAUACACCAGCGUUUUCGCCUUCAUCCCUAUGUCAGUAUCCAUCGGCACCUGCAUUGCGUCCGCUCUCUUUGAAGACUGGUACUCCUUCAGUAUGAUCCUGCUCGGAAUCGUCGCAAACGGAUUAUCAUGUCUUGUCCUCGGAUCCGGAAAUUUCACUUUCUCUCAUCCCAUCCCAGCCCCGGGAGCGCCGCGAGGUGAUGGCUUACUCCUCGCAGAUAACAAUACCAUCGUCCUACUUGGUCAAGAGGGCGCUGUCAAUUCCAUUACCCGUGGGAAAUUCUCUUUAAGCUUCGACAGUGAGACAGAAUACAGAAACAUCGGCAUAUGCUCGUCGAUCCUUACGACCCAAUGCAUCACACAGCUGCUGCUCAUACCACAGGCCACGCUCUUCGGACAGAUCAUGUUCUUAGCCUCGCUUGCAGUCUCCUUUGCAUACACCUCAUGGUUGUCAUCGUUCGACAAAUCGGAGAUCCAGAGGAGGCUGCUGGUGGAUGUAGUCCUCAAGCGCCCGCUGAUGACGAAAUAUAUGUUGGGCACGCGCACUACCAUGGCAGUCUUCGUUCUACUGGCGUUGAAUCCGUCAAAUCCAGCAAAGGUACUUGAUGAUCUCCUCCCAAACGACACCAAAGUGUGGAAGAGUUGGAAAUCAAUCAUUCUGUCAAGGCUACAGGACGGCGAAAAGAUGCAUUUUGAACCCGGCGAUUGGAAUGAUGGAAGUUUCAACGGGAGUGAGAGCACACUUCUGAAGACUCUCUUAGGGGACGCCCAGGCUGCCUAUGACGGGUAUUGCGACCACCAGAAGUUGCACUAGUUGCACGAUGAAUUGGCAUCCGCCGUCUUCGACUGCUUUUUUUGUGAUACUGAUUGUGAAAAAUUAUUAUGUUCUAGUCUUCAAUUGCUUACCAUAUCUUGUAUCCUCGCCUUCGUUCUGAGUCUCUUGCCUUUAUU